AUGAUUCGUGCUCUCCGUGCUCGCAACUUCUCCAAACGCCCCUCGGAAAACACCCCUCCUGCUAAAAAAUCGACCACUCCAAAAGGCAUCCGCCGGAAUCGCACUCGUAAGACGAAGAAAAACAUUAUUGCCGCUAAAUUCGACGCUGAACAGGCUAAGAAAAAGGCUCAGAAGAGUUCGCUGCCUGUUCGUUUUAAUGUCGUGUUUUAUGGCGACAACGCCGACGUCGAAAUGCAGGAUGCGCCGAGUACUUCGCAACCAACAAUUGUUCCAGUCAUGCUUCCGAGAGCUUUAAAUCAGCCACCGGUUUGCGAACCUUCUGGCGAGGCAAUCGCUGCUGCCACUGGUUCUUCGUAUUGCGGUCAACCUGCCGCUUUUGUCCGUGACGAACUUGAAUCUUCUGGCCCUCGAUCUUUGCAAACUCUCUGUAGCGUGGUAACACAGGUCGACAGCGCCGUACUUCCUAAAGAGCUGGCUGUAGUCGUUAAUGACCUUACUGCGACGGAUUACCCGACACACAUGCUCGCCGUCUACGCCCCAGUUCCCAAGAAACCUGAGAACGCGCCCGCGUCAUGGGUUCCUCCCAGAACUGAUGUCAAAAUGUACCCAGUGCAUUCGCUCUUCAUGGCUGCUCACUGCGCCAAGCUCGGAGCUUUCCCUCCAUCUCCUAUUACUGCGGUAGAAUCAUUCCCUGCCUCCGAUGAACCGCGAACAGUCACUCUCCCUGUUCGUCCCCUAUGUCUUCCAAGCCCUUCGACAUUUCCAUCCCUCUUACACUACUUCUACCUCCGUCGCUCAGAAGUGUUAUUCAAAGCAUUCCUCCCAUGUGACUUUUCGACAGACUUUGUCGAGAACUGCAUGAAUGAAGAGGAGAUUAUGUCUCUUGCCACGCACAUCGGGAAGACAUUUAAUCCGAAUGUUAUUCUGAAACACGCCAAAGUAAUACACGGGGUCUGGCAGAACGCUUGUGCACUGGGAGCGUUCGACGAUGGGCUUUGGAUGGCUAUCGACUCGGCGUACGAGGUGAUCAUCAAUGCACUGGCAAUUGGUACCGGAAACCCUCGCGCCGUAUAUGUUGCCAAGUCACCUUCGCCGCCGACGCAGGCAUAA